CCGUUGAGAACACAACCCUCGCGUUUUAUAUAUAUAUAUAUAUAUAUAUGUAUAUAUGUGUGUCUCAUCGCGAUUUCACGAAAUUCCAUAUAAUAUUUGUUUACGCAGGAAAAAUAAAUUUUUUUCGUCUCAAUGUUUUGGGACGUAAAAAAGAAAGAUGAAAGUUUAUAAUCGCAAUGUAUAUUAAACAAUACACACGGGAGUAGUUGUUUCUUUUUUUUUUUUUUUUUUCCUUUUUUUUUUGGGAACAAAAUGUGAAUUAUUCGGUUGUGUUCCGUUUCCGGCUCCAGGAGUGAGAGACAAUUUUUUUUUUUUUUUUUUCAUGUAAUUUUUUUAAUACGUGAGUGUUAUUGGUGUUUGAUAAAUAUUUGCAGAGCCAUUUAAAUCCAUCAUCAUCAUCAUCAUCAUCAUCAUGCUACGUCGCCCAAUUUAGUUGAAUCCAAGAGAAACAAAAAAAAAUCGUCUAACCUAAAAAAAAUAUAUGGAUAAUGACGGCUGACUGCCGCUGCUGCUGGUAACCGGCGGACUCUCUCUCUCGCGGUGGCGCUGGCGUCAGGAUGGAGCACCUCCAGGCCGCCCUGGACCCCAGGAAGCAGGAACUAUUGGAGGCCCGCUUACUUGGAGCACGGCCGUCAGUAGGGUCACAGAUCCAGACGGGACCUCAGUCCUCGGUAAACUCUGGUCAGUCCGUACACAGUUCAGACUCUAACAUGAGCACCGGCUCAAAUCACAGUGAUAAAGAAAUAGAUCCCAAUACUCCCGAGAAAGUUCCAAGGACACCAUCGGAACGUAAAAGAAGACGCAAGGCUGAUGACUCAGGCGGUGGUUCCGCCUCCACAAAACUCUCACGACCAAUGAUUGCAAUUGAUAAAAAAAUCAAUGACUACUUUCCAAAACCAUUAAUAUCACCUCAACCAUCGCCCCUCGCCGAAUUUUCCCUAAUGCAACCACCACGAUCUCACAUUCAAUUACCCCCAUUGCCACCUGGUAAUAUGGUUCAUAAACAAAUGCAAACCGAGCUCACUUGCCAAUUAAUACAAGAACUCGAGACACAAGCGUCAUCUGAUCUUGAGCUUCAUAAUAAUAAAAUUGACGAGCUCAAUCGAACCGCGGAGGAAUUAAAACAUCAAGUGGCUAGUCAAAAGAAAGUCAUUGAGGAUCAAAAAUUGCAUAUUAAUAAGUGUAUAGAAGUUGUGAAAAAACUUCUCCAGGAGAAGUCGAACAUUGAAAAGAAGGAGGCGCGUCAAAAGUGUAUGCAAAAUAGACUGAGGCUUGGACAAUUUGUCACACAAAGGGUAGGUGCAACGUUUCAAGAGAAUUGGACCGAUGGCUAUGCAUUUCAGGAGCUUGCACGACGUCAAGAGGAAAUAACAACGGAACGCGAGGAAAUUGAUAGACAAAAGAAAUCGUUAUUAAAGAAAAGGCCCUCAAAUUCAGAGACGGGACGUAAACGAAAUCAGGCACAAUCGGCAUUACAUAAUGGCACUGAGGCGACAUUCCUCAAACCCGACGCUGUACCCGGCUCGUACACAUGGCAAGAGUAUUAUGUCGCUGAUGAAAUUCUCAAACUUCGUCAGAAUGCCCUUAAAAAAGAAGACGCUGAUCUACAACUCGAAAUGGAGAAACUUGAACGCGAACGUAAUCUUCAUAUACGUGAAUUAAAACGAAUUCAUAAUGAGGAUCAAUCGAGAUUUAAUUCACAUCCGGUUCUUAAUGAACGUUAUCUUCUUUUAAUGCUCCUUGGUAAAGGUGGAUUUAGCGAAGUGCAUAAGGCAUUCGAUCUCAAGGAGCAACGUUACGUUGCGUGUAAAGUUCAUCAGCUUAAUAAAGACUGGAAGGAGGAUAAGAAGGCAAAUUAUAUAAAACAUGCUUUACGGGAGUACAAUAUUCACAAGGCAUUAGAUCAUCCACGUGUUGUUAAACUCUACGAUGUUUUUGAAAUUGAUGCAAAUUCAUUUUGUACUGUACUUGAAUAUUGUGAUGGUCAUGAUCUUGAUUUUUAUCUCAAACAACAUAAAACAAUACCGGAAAGAGAGGCGCGCUCAAUUGUCAUGCAAGUUGUAUCGGCACUUAAAUAUCUCAACGAAAUAAAACCACCGGUGAUACAUUAUGAUUUAAAGCCAGGUAAUAUAUUAUUAACCGAGGGUAAUGUUUGCGGUGAAAUAAAAAUCACUGAUUUUGGCCUCAGUAAAGUAAUGGAUGAGGAGAAUUAUAAUCCCGAUCAUGGUAUGGAUUUAACAUCGCAAGGCGCUGGUACAUAUUGGUAUUUACCACCAGAAUGUUUUGUUGUUGGUAAAAAUCCACCGAAAAUAUCAUCAAAAGUUGAUGUUUGGAGUGUUGGUGUGAUAUUUUAUCAGUGCCUCUAUGGAAAAAAGCCAUUUGGCCAUAAUCAAAGUCAAGCAACAAUUCUUGAGGAGAAUACAAUAUUAAAAGCAACUGAGGUACAAUUUGCAAAUAAACCAACAGUUAGUAAUGAGGCAAAAGGUUUUAUAAGAAGUUGUUUGGCUUAUCGAAAAGAAGAAAGAAUUGAUGUUCUUACAUUGGCGCGACAAGAAUAUCUACAACCACCAACACCUAAACAUGGCCGACAGGCAAAUAGUCAACAGCAACAGCAACAACAGCUCCAGCAACAUCAACAACAACAGCAACAACAACAAUUGCAACAACAGCAACAAACGUCAUUUACAACCGGUAUGUUCAGCGGGAUGAACGCCUCGAGUAGUUCGUAGUGAAAAUUACGAGCCAGAGCCAACGAGAGAGAAAGAUAGAGAACACUGGAACUGAUAUACAUAUAUAUAUAUAUAAAUAUUAUUAUUAAUUAAUAAAAAAAAAAACAAAAAACUGAUUAAACUCAACAAAAAAUGAGGAAAGUGAAUGACAUUGUGUAAAAAUGGAAUUCAUGAUAUUGUGUAAAAAAAAAAUGUAUGUUUUACAUGUUUUAUUGCAGAACAUGAGUGAGAGUGUGUGUGAGUACGAAUGAUGAAAAAAAAAAAAAAAAAUGCUUGAUUCGCAAGUGUAAUUGAAUGAUUUGGAAAAAAGAAAUGAAAAAAAAAAAGAAAAAAACCUUUGCAAAUAUUAUCGUGUCACUUUACGUCGUCUGCUUUAGGUAAAGGAUAAUGAUAUUCAUUAAAGGUAUUUUACUUGUUGUAGGAAUGAAAUAUUUAUGAAAAAAAAUAAUAAAAAAAAAAAAAAAAAAACAACAACAACAACAACAACUGGGCGGAAAACACUAUUGUAAAAAUUAAUAAACGACGCAUUAAUAGAUUA